UUAAGGGUAUUGUAUUAUUGUCAUGUUGGCUGCGUGAAACGAUAAUAAUGACGUAUGGCUAACGUUUGACAUCUAACCUUAAAAUCAAAACAAGAUUUAUUUAUAGUUUACGAAUAAAAUGCCAAAACAUGAUUACUCCAGUCAUCGUUCUAGGUCUCCAAUAAGUUCCCGGAAAUCAAAAUCACACAAAUACUCAUCAGAUUCAAGUGAUGGUCACAAAAGACACAAUUCAAAAAAACGUUCACAUUCCAGAAAACAUAAGAAAAGUGACUCUUACAGAAAAGAUCAUAAAAAGCAGAAACGGCGUGAUUCUGAAUCAGAUUCAAGCAGUAGCAGUACCUCCUCUGAUGACUCUUUAGUCUUGCUCCAGAAACUCAAAGAAGAACGAAUCAAAGCUCUUGAAGAGCGUAAACGUGAAAAAGAAUUAAAAAAAGCAACUGAGACCCCCGAGGAAAAGCGUUUGAGACGUUUAGCCAAGAAACAAGCUAAGGAAAGGAAACGUAAAGAACGUAUGGGUUGGGAUAAUGAGUAUCUUCAUUAUACCAAUACAGAUAAUCCAUUUGGUGACGGCAAUUUACUAUCAACGUUUGUGUGGACGAAAAAGUUGGCAAAAGAAGGGCUUACUGGAGUGACUUCUGAAGAAUUAGAAGCGAGGAAUCGCCACAAACAAGAGGAGAACAAACGUGAAUUAGAAAAAGUGAAGAAGAGACGAUUAGAGAGGGAAUUAGAAAGACAGAAGAGGGAAGAGGAAAUGCAGUUAUUACAAAGGAGUAAAGAGGCGGCGCAAUUUGAAGAAUGGGAACGUCAGGAAGAUCAGUUUCAUUUAGAACAAGCUAGACUAAGAUCACACAUAAGAAUACAAGAUGGACGAGCGAAACCAAUUGAUUUAUUAGCAAAAUAUAUAAGUGCAGAGGAAGAAGUCGACGCUGUAGAGAUGCACGAGCCUUACACAUACCUAAAUGGGUUACAUAUCAAAGAUUUAGAAGACUUAGUUGAAGAUAUUAAAGUUUAUGAAGAGUUAGAACGUGGGAAAAACCUUGAUUAUUGGAACGAUAUUACAGUAAUCGUUGAAGAUGAGUUGCAAAAACUUAGAAAACUAGAAAAGCAAAACGAAUUCGAUAUGGGAGUUAACAGAAGAGAAGGGAUCAAUCAAGCAGUCGCUGCGGACGUUACCUCAGUUUUCAAAGGGAAGACAUCAUCCCAAUUAGCAGCAUUACAGAAACAAAUUGAAAGCAAAAUCAACGGUAAAGCUGAUGGGAUAGAUAUAGGCUACUGGGAGUCUCUGUUGUCACAGUUAAAAGCUCACAUGGCAAGGGCCCGCUUACGAGAUCGACACCAGGAGAGUCUCCGACGCAAACUACAGGUCCUUAAGGCCGAGCAAGCGGUUACUACACCAGCACCAGAGGAAACAGGAUCAUUUAUAGAGGCUCAAGUUAAAGAUGUACCCGAACCGAAACCGGGGACUUCCCAAGAAGAAAAAAGUGACGAUGAAAACGAAAAGACCGCGGAAGAACACGCCACCGACAUAUUGAAUGAAUACUUUGACGCGUACGAAGCCGGCGGCUACAGUCCCAAAUUUCUCUCCCCGGAAGACAUUGAACCUGGCACUAUCGUCGUAACCGAAGAAGAUGAUCUCAAACGACUAGAAUUUGCACGUAUGCAAGUUUCUGGAGGCGGCAAAAAACACGAAAAUGUCAUAACUAAAGAAGAAAUUUUAUUACAACGCGAAGCCCGAAAGGGUAUGGGUGAUGAUGAAGCCCAAUUUUCUGUAGAAGCGGCUCUAGACAAUCAAGUGUAUUUGUGGUCUGAUAAGUAUAGACCGAGAAAACCGAGAUAUUUCAAUAGAGUUCACACCGGUUUUGAAUGGAAUAAGUAUAACCAGACCCAUUAUGACAUGGACAAUCCACCCCCGAAAAUAGUACAGGGCUACAAAUUUAAUAUUUUUUAUCCGGAUUUGAUUGAUAAGAACAGCACACCAGAGUACUUUUUGACUCCGUGUCCGGAAAAUCGAGAAUUUGCCAUUUUGAGGUUUCAUGCAGGACCGCCGUAUGAAGAUAUUGCGUUUAAAAUUGUUAAUAGGGAGUGGGAAUAUUCAUACAAGAGGGGAUUCAGAUGCCAGUUUCAUAAUAACAUUUUUCAAUUGUGGUUCCAUUUUAAGAGAUAUAGAUACAGAAGAUAGCUCAACUUUAUACAUAAAUCGAAAAUGAUUAUAUUAAUUUUAACUUUUAAGUUACUGUAACAAUCCGAACUGCUUUAAUGUGUAUAAUAAACUUUAUGAAUAAAA